AUGACAGUCUCUGCCUCCCCUAUCGUCAAGCGGGCGUACGGCUCUAUUCCAAACUCUGCCAGCUGCGGAGGCCACACCUUCAGCCGCAGCGACAUCAACACGGCGAUCAACACGGGCGUCAACGACAACAACUCCGGCUCUUCCCCCUCUGGCUACCCUCACGCCUACUACCAAUACGCCGAUGAGCACAUCACCCUCUCCUGCAACGACGCUUCGGACUAUCUCGAGUUCCCCUUGGAGAACAAUCGCGCUUUCACUGGUGGCAGCCCUGGGGCUUACCGUGCUAUCUUCACCGAGGAUGGCGAGUUCUGUGCCGUGGUGUACCAUGCAAGCACGAGCGACAAUAGCUUUGCGCAGUGCCGCUACUAG